UGGAAGUGAAUGUUCGAAUGAAACUAUAUAACAACAAAAAUGAUGAUUAUCUUACUAACGGAAGCUAUGUUUUAAUAAAAGAGCAUUCUAAAUAACAUAUCACAUAAAAUUUAGUCUGUGAUUUCAAAUGGAAAUUAGAAGUACAUAGAAAAAUAUAGAAACGGAUCCAAAACAACCACAUUACAAUGGUUUUAAUUGAAAACUGAGAAAAAUCACAGACAGAAUAGAUAACUUUUUCUGACAAGCAUAGUUUCGAAAUCGUGACGUCAACUCAACAGGUUCUCGAGCGGGCGCCAUGUUUCGGAGUGCUUUUAAUUAGUGCUGGAUAGCGGUAGCGGAAGUGAAAUUUGUUAAAACGACUGUGUUUUGAGAUAAAAUGUAAAUUUCUCACCUUUCAUAGAAGAAAAAUGGUUGAAUAAGUUUAUGAAGAUAAGAAAAUGAAUUUUUUAAAAAGGAACUAGACAAACCACCUCCACAUUUACUACUUAACCUAUAAGGGUAUAGAAAUUGGUGCGGAAGGGGAAUAUGAACCGUAGCAUCCUCUCUUAGUUCAUGAGCACAACUAAUACGCUUGUAGAUUUGACGGUAGGCUGGGUAAUACUUAUCAAUACAUCCUCGUAUGCUGAGUGAUAAAAUAUUUUGGCAUUGAAAUUUUGUUUGGUUCUAUAGUAGGCUAAGAAUUAUUGAAUAUAUCUUUGUAUAAAAUAUUUCUAAGUAUCUCCAUUACAAUUUGUUCUAUUAAUAAAUUGUUAAAAAACACACGAUACAUUUUAUUUAUUAUCUUAUUCUCUUUGUUAAAAUAACUAAGUUCACAUGAUAUCUCGUCCGAUAGAAGCGCCAUUCUGGUCAAAUUUUGAAUAAUAAUUUACCGUCUACAAGCGGAUAGUUUUUAAGCUAAGCCCCCAUCUGAGAUGGUUCUCCUUACCUCUACCCUCCAUAAUAGGAGUAUUAAACAACCACUACAUUCUGCUUAAAUUUGGCGGGCCCCGACUACAAUUGGUGCGACGUUCUGAUUGACUUGGAUAGCGUAUGCUGUCGUGAACCUUUAACGUAAUUGUCGUGAGGUGACAUAUGUCGCUUGCCGCUUGUCUGUGAUAAAAAAAAUCGUCAAAAAUUAAAAAGAAAAACAAGAAUUUGACGUUUAGGUAUUCUGUACUGGAGUAUGAUAAUUUCGAGUGAAAAUUAGUUAUUGAACGAAUAAAAUGAGUAAAGAUGUCGAAACUAGUCCUUAUAAUAAGGAUGACGAUAUUUUGUAUUGGAAGAAUCUAGCAUUAGACUAUCAACAUCAGGCUGAAAUUAUAAAGAAAGAUUUUGAUGAGUUUAUGUCAGAAUCUCGACAAUUAGAGAGUGAAUAUGAAGCUACUAUAGAACAAAAUGAGAAAAAAGUUAAGGACUUGUCACUGACAAAUAAUAGAAUACAAAUUGAAGUUGAAUCAUUAAAGAACAAAUUAGAACAAUAUAAUAAAGAAAAUAUUAGCUUACAAAGUGAAGUGCAGAAUUUCAAGAAAGAAAAAUUACAACUAUCACAAUACAUCAGAGAUUUGGAACAGAAAAAUGAUGAUUUGGAAAGGUCUAGGAGAAUUGUGGAAGAAAGUAUAUCUGGAUUACAGGCAGCUUUUAACUCCGCAUUGGAAAGAAAUGCUAUACUGGAAUCAGAAGUUGACGAAAAAGAAAAUCUCAAAGAAAAGCUACAGAGGGUAGUAGACGAAACUAGAGAUUUGAAACAAGAACUUCUAGUCAAAGAAAAAGAAAAAAUACCAGAUAAUGAACGAAUUUUAAAUGGUUUCCAAAAAACCAUAAUUGAUUCUAAUCGUCUUAAAGAAAAUGAAACACAGACUACACCGGCUAAACAUGAAUACCAAGCCCCCAUUUCACCGGCAUCGAGGGUGAUGGCAUUGAAUAUUGUUAGCGAUCUUAUUAGGAAAAUUGGAGGUUUAGAACGUAGAUUAGAAAAAUCGAAGUACGACUAUAGAGACAUGACCACGGAUAUUCGAAGAAGCAGAAGUACUACAAAAAACAACCCAACUCCAAGUUUGCAUGGGGUCACUAAAUGAGAAGAACUACUAUUACUAAUGAUAUGCUUUACUUAAGAUGUAAUUUCUCAUUAUGUCGUAGAAACUAAGUUUACAAAUUGUUCCUCACUUUUCAAUAAAAGAAAGUUGUAAUGGACACAAUCACAAUAAAGUAACAGGCUCACUAUACUAUUCGCUCCGAUGCUAACGAAGUUAAUUAAAGUGUAUGCCCCCAUACUUGUGGAACUUCGUGCGUCCCCAUACUUUAUCGUACGUCGACUCCUUUCAGACUGGCCAUAAUCCGACAAGUUGAUUGGAUUUGAAAUUGAGUGAGACGAGACAAAGUAACGCGAAGUGAAGUGAAGUGUUCUCUACACUCUCUUAUGCAGUUAACUUUGACCAACUUUGCGAGUAAUGUAGUGGACGUAUAAAGAUCUCACUUAAAUUUAUGUAAAGUAUAAACAAACAUCAUGCUUAAUUGACGAGCUUCAUAAAUAUCAGAUUUAUAACUUAUAAUUAUAGAAUAAGUGGUAAGCCUAUAAGUUCUCACUAAACCUUUCUAAGUACAAGUACAGGAUAACCAAUCUAAACGAUAUAAUCAAAACACAUUCCUUUUAGGAAAACAUUAUUCGGAAUGGAAUAAUGAAAAAUUAUUUACUAAAAAAAAUAUUACAAUUAUGUACAGGGUAUCAAACAUAAGAUGACCCUUAUACUUAUCUGAAAACCUGUAAAAGUUAUCAAAAAAUUUCAAUCAUAAAAGUUGUUUGUAUUUAAAAGAAUUUUUAGAUUAUUGACUUCUGGAUUAUACAGGGUGUUCCAAUUCUUCAGAAUCGACAUCAACUUUGGAAUUUUAAAUAGAACACCCUAUAUUUUAUUGCUUUUUUGAUUUAGUGGUAAAAACAAAGGUAACUUUCAUGAGACCGACCUAUUUAAUGUCCCCACGGUUUAGGAAAUAUUUGAGAUUAUUUGAAUUUUUAUUGAAAAAUCAUUAUAUUUGGAAAAUUUCGCAAAAUAAAAAUGAGGCUAACUGGGAUCAUUUACAAAAUUAAUUUUCAAACACGAAACUUGGAUUUAUUAAAUUUUCAUGAUUUUCGAGUCUAGAAUUAUACUGGGUGUCUUUUUUUACUGUAUGAGUUACGAAUUUUGUAAAUAACUAAAUCUCAUUUUUUUUUAAAAUGACACGCCUAGUAUAUUAUACCUUUAAUAGAAUGCACAUAAAAAUAAGUAUCAUUUCUUAUGCCAAUAUAUAAUGGUUGUGGAAUUAUUUGACUUUUCCUCAUUUUUUCGUCUAUUUUAUAUUGAAAAUGAUGUAACACAUUGAGUAUUGCAUUUUUGAUAAAAAAAACUAAAUAGAAAAAGUUUAUCAUAAACAAAAAACUAUAAAAUUAUUGUACCCUUAAACAAAUAUGUUUGACAGGAAUAAUCCAAAGAAACAUUUCAUCUACAUCUCGAGAGAUUUGAAGAUGAAUAUGCAAAAAAUUAAUAAAAUAUACUCAAUUAAAAUACCUGAAUUAUUUUGAAAAACUAUGCUUCGUCCAAAGCGGAGUCAUUUGGUUUUAACCAGCGUUUCAUUGUCACAGGUCACAAUAACUAAUUUCGAACGCAACGCAACACAAAACAAAACCAUUGCACUAAUCACGGGCGGCGUAUGGUUCAGAGAUAACACCGCGGACCCCCAUACGUAUACUCGCGGACGCCCAGGGGAUCCGCAGACCAAGGUUGGGAAUCACUGAUCUAAACAUAUAAAAGAAAUCUACUUAUUAAGCAUAAUGUAACGUAAGAACUUGAGAGUUGAAACUUUUGCUACUGGUUUAGAGACGUUCACAUUCCUGUCCAUAAAUAUAAAUAAUAACCUAUUUUAUGAGCGCAUUAAAUUCACUAGAUAGUGCUACUCAUUUAAAACGUAUAUAUAUAUAUAUAUAUAUAUAUAUAUAUAUAUAUAUAUAUAUAUAUAUAUAUAUAUAUAUAUAUAUAUAGAUAUAACCACGAUUUAAUAAUAAUUUUUUAUUAUUUUACAUAUGUAAAUUGUUACUACGACAUAAUCACAAUAAAAAAUUAUGUAUAGUUAGUAAAAAAAAUUCCUUUGAUCUAAUAAUAUUGACAUUUUUUGUUAGAUAUUAUGCGUUUCAUUUCUCAUAUCCUGUCUGAAUUAUGAUAGAAAUAAGAAAUAGUAAUUUCUGUACAUCCAAUCAUUUAUAUUAGAGAUAAUUUAAUCCAACUCACAGCUCGCGGAAAAAAAUUUAAUUUUAAUACUUGUUAUUCCACAUAAAACAAUUUACGUAGAGUGAAACCUAAUAUGCAGCCAUUGUAAUUGUUCAGUCGUCUACAAAGCAUUUUCAAAAAUAUUAAUUAGGUAUGCUAAAAAUCUUUAUAAUAUGAAAAAUGCAUUAAAAAAUUAUAAUUUUUUGAUUCGACCUUACGUGCUCUUCUGUAAUUCCAAGAGUUUUUUAGCAGGUCGCCAACGCAGAAGAAAAUUAUGUCAUGCCAAGACCUAAAAUUGAAUUAUUGUAUUACUACAGAUAGAAGAAAUUUUUAGUUGUAUAUUUCAGUUAGUUUUCUUUCAUCUAUUCAUUUAGAAAAAAUAAUAUGUAGCAAUUAAUUAUUUAUUUAACUCUCUUUACCGUAAUAAUUAUUAUUUAUGAUGAAUCUAUCUAUUUUUAUCGUGUUAAUGACCUAUUAGUCUAUUUUCUAAAUACUGAGAUGUCUGUCCUAUGUUAUCAACUUCACAAUCAUUAUAAGAUACUGGAUAUUACUUCUUUUGCUUUUGGGUAUUUUAGAUUUUAGUACCACUAAAGAUUUGAAUCAUGUCUUAUCAUAUUUAUUGAAAUAAUUUGAUAGUUGUUGGGAAAGUCCUUGUAUAUAAGGUAAGGAAAAAUAUUUUAUGUUUUGAUGUUUUGUUUCUUGAUUGAUUAUAGUUUGUGUCAGAAGUUUUUGUCCACCUUGUAGUUAGCGUCAUAUCCAACAAAUAACAACAAUACGAUUUUUGCAUUCUCUAAUAAUUUUUAUUGAAUAAUCGUCAUCACAUGUGAAGUGGAAGAAGGACAGUGUUUUUUGACUUUCCUAUCCAAUUCGUCCCACAACUCUAUCGGAUGAGGUCGCGCGAUUGUGACGGCCAAAUUAUUACUUUCGGUACGUUCUUCCUUCCCAAUUCUUUCAAAUCCUCUUUGUACAGCUCCAAGGAAUGUUUGGCAUCGUUGUAAUGAUAAAUUUUCUACCGAUCAGGCGCUGGCCAGAACAUACUACAUUGUAUUUUAAUAUUUAUAACUUUUUUUUAAAUCACUUCAAUUUUAACCAGGUCUCUAGUCAAACUUAUUACAAAAUCUUAUACCAAAAAACCUCAAACUUUGACUCAUCACUCCAUAAAACUUUCUCCCGCUCAUCAUGCAUCCAAUUUGUAUGACCUUCAGUCCACUAUAACAUCUUAAUUUUAUUUUAACGUCUUAAAAUAGGUUCCUUUUCUGCCACCCUUCCAAAAAAGCCAGCUUCUCUCAAUCUUCUCUUUUCUGUAGAAAUACUCAAAGACAGAUCCUUAGGUUCAUUAACAUGAGUUGCUAUCUCUAAACCAGUCAGUUCUCGAUCACGUUUACUGAUCAAUACAUUUAACUAUAGCAGUUGUGGGUUUUAAAAGCCCCUUGCACGUAUUUCUCCAAAGCUGGAGGUGGAUUUAUAUUUCUUUCUUUCUUCUUCUUCAAAAGACAAAAUACCCAAUGAACACAAUGGAGUGUAUGAAAUUCCCGGCUAGGAUUGUUCCCGUUCCUAUAUUGGCCAGAUAAAUCGACGUAUUUCCGUUAGAGUCAAGGAGCACUUGAUAUUCCUCAUUAAUUCCCUUCAUUCUUGCCCAACAUCGUGUCCAUACCGGACACACAAUUGUGUAUAUAACCAAACCACCACGCAGCUCCGCUCCUUCAAGUCCAGGAUAAUUCGAGAAGCUAUCGAAAUAGAGAAACGUCCAAACUGUCUGAACACAAGAGAUGAUAACCUGAUAUUACCGGCAAAUUUGAAACAUCUUCUUCAUCCACUUCGUUCCAAUGCCACUCCGGCUAACAACAACAUUUCCUAUACAACCCCCCGAGAAGCCGAUCUCUGCACAUUUAUUUCCCCUCCCGCCAAUAAUAUACUUUCCACGCGCGCUAAAACCCCAAAACUCGUCAAGAGGUCCCCUAUAAUCACAAGAUCCAGGCGUAUAGCUCCCCAGUUAGCUCAAGACCAGCGGUGAGUGUGUUCUUGAUGCUCUUCAUUUCCUCGGUGAAAUUCCAAGGAGUAGGCAGAUUGAGAUCUUGGAAUCAACCGAAAAAAAGAGGUGAUUCGUUGCGUGGAGUAGGCAGAGUGAGACCACGGAAUCGGAUCACUUCUUACCAAUGUACGAAUAAUCACACUAUCCCACCCCCACCCUUCUCUUGAUAAUGGCUCCAAAGUAGAAAACGUCAAGAAUUUUCGAAAUUUCAACGUGGUUCAACGCUAGAACUAGUUUUUGCUUAUAUUGUAUUUUUGUAUUGUAUUUUCAGUUGUUCAGUUUAUAUUGUCGUUGUAACUUUCUUAAAUAAAUAAUUUUUAAAAAAGCUUUUACCGAGUGUGAAAAGUUAAGUAGCGCAUUUAUUAACAUUCCUGUGAAAUACUGGGACUCUUGGUUGAGGGAAUCUCAAUUCGAAAUCUGUUGGCUCAUAAGAAGAGGAAUUCCAAGAGAAUAUUGGUAGUUCCAGAUUCAAUUCAACUAGAUCGCAAAAGCAGAACUCUUGAUGUAAGUACUUUAUGUUGUAUAGAGAUUAUAAUUAUUUUAAUUUAUUCAGAAAGUUCUGAUAACUCCGAUUCUGACCCAAAAACUUCCGUUAAUCAAUAAAUAAAUAUAAUAUUAUCAAAAACUGAACAAUUAUUAGAUAAAUUUCACGUAAUACCUACAGAUCACGUAGUACCUCAAUUAAAAAAAGGAAUAUCUGGACAUGAUUCCAAAAUUUCACGGUGAAUAUGCCUACUACCUAGAUUUAUAGAAAUCUCCGAAAAGUUUUAUAAUACAGUAGAUUUAGUAGACUUCCAAAACGAAUAUUUGAUGUCUAGUAUUUUGUCUAAAAUUAAAGGCCAAGCAGAAGUAAAUAUUUCAGCAUGUAUAGCAUAUCUAACUGGCAAAAUUUAAAAGAUGCUCUAUUAAAUACUUAUGCAGAUAAACGAGACAUUUACGCGUUGAGUAUAUAAAUUUCCGAACUUAAACGAAAGAAAUUAAAGCUUUUCUCGGACUUUCUAAACUUACUAAACCUUUAACUAAUGCAGUAAUUAACGUAAACGUUCUUGAUUAUAUUGUUGUGACACAUGCAAAAAUUUAUUAUUAAAUGUCCCCAUUUUACAAUAUCCGGACUUUUCCCGUCCAUUUAAUCUCACAACUGAUGCCAGCAAUGUUGCUUUGGGCGUUGUUCUUAUCCAAGGGAAAAUCGGAAAUGAUUUACCUAGCAGAACACUCAAUGAUUCUGAAGCGAACUACGUAAAUAGUAACAGAUCACAAGCCACUUCAGUUGCUAUUUUCCUUAAAAGACCCCAAUUCUAAAUUAAUUAGAUGGAGGUUAAAAUUCGAUUAUUAUAUAAUAUAUAAAAAAGACGUAUUGAACCCUAAUAGUGGCUGUUUAUCGCGGAUUCAGUUAAAUAUGAAAAAUUUAUUAGUUUAUAUGGAAUAAUUUAAUGACUCACUCUUAAAUACUACGAAAAAUAAGAAAAUAGAAACCGAAUCACUUUCGGAAUCUGCAGUAACUGUAGCAAAAAAUCCAAUUAUAAUCUCUGAAGUUAAUUUUGAACAGCUACACCAACCAUUAUUUAAUUAUAUGAAACUAGAGAAAGAAUUUUAGUACAAUUUUCUAAAAACAAACAACAAAAUCUCUUGUAUGAAAAAAUCAGCACCGUUAUACACCAAUUUCGAAUUCCAAUUACCAAUUACAACUACCAAUUUUCAAUUUCAAAUUUCCCAUUUCCAAAUAUCAGUUUAAGUAAAUUUUUAUAAGAUGAUGUAAUAUUUUGAAAAAUUUAAUUGUCAACUAUAAUAAUGAUAUUGUAAUUAAAUUAGUGGUUGAAUUUCCAAACUUGUAUUUGUGAUAUUACUUAUUUCUUUCUGCAAUCACUAUACAUAUAAAAACAUUAUACAUAGUCAUAUUAUUUGUUUCCAAUAGGUACAGAUUGUAAUAUUAUCAAGUUAUGUUACAUUGUGUGAAUGUGAAUAUUCGUCUGGCAUUUAGUAUGAAAAUAAAAUAUAACUUGUCAAA